GUCGGCGGGGGCGGGGCAGAGGAGGUUGCCUUGCGUGACGUUGCUGAAGGGUUCGGGCUGCUGCCGCCGCUGCCUGUUAUUGUUCCUGCUCUUGCGGGUUGCCGCCUCCGGACGCUGAGCAGCUCGAGAGGGGGGAACGCGCACGGAGCGCUUGAGAAGAGGGGUCAGUUGGUGGCCGCUAACGGUUUGGAACUCUCCGCUGCGCGAGCCCUGACAGCGGGGGUGGGGGGAGAGCGCGCGCGUCACUGAGGAGCGAGCGAGCGAGAGACCGAGAGGCGGCGGGGAUUGGGCGGCCAUGGCCUACGCGUAUCUCUUCAAAUAUAUCAUCAUUGGGGACACAGGUGUUGGGAAAUCAUGUUUAUUGUUACAGUUUACAGACAAAAGGUUUCAACCAGUGCAUGACCUAACUAUUGGUGUAGAAUUUGGUGCUCGAAUGAUAACAAUUGAUGGAAAACAGAUAAAACUUCAGAUAUGGGAUACGGCAGGGCAAGAGUCCUUCCGUUCCAUCACAAGGUCAUACUACAGAGGGGCAGCAGGGGCUUUACUAGUAUAUGACAUUACAAGGAGAGAUACUUUCAAUCACUUGACUACCUGGUUAGAAGAUGCUCGCCAGCAUUCCAAUUCCAACAUGGUCAUUAUGCUUAUUGGAAAUAAAAGUGACUUAGAAUCUAGAAGAGAAGUGAAAAAAGAAGAAGGUGAAGCAUUUGCACGAGAGCAUGGACUUAUUUUUAUGGAGACAUCUGCCAAAACUGCUUCUAAUGUCGAGGAGGCAUUUAUUAAUACAGCAAAAGAAAUCUAUGAGAAAAUCCAGGAAGGAGUCUUUGAUAUUAAUAAUGAGGCAAAUGGUAUUAAAAUUGGCCCUCAGCAUGCUGCUAGUAAUGCAACACUUACAGGCAAUCAGGGAGGACAACAAGCUGGUGGAGGCUGCUGUUGAACCUAUUUUUACUUUCUAGCUGCCCAAAUGGGGCCCACUAACUUGUUCUUUCACCCUCCCCCCACUGCAGCUCAACUGAGACAUGAAACUAUUGUAAGUUGGUUUCAUGCGGCAGAAGAAGACUUUAUCCUUCAACUUCUUGUAUAACUUUGAAUAAAUGGUUAAUGUUCACUUAAAGACAGAUUUUGGAGAUUGUAUUCAUAUCUAUUUACAUUUGAUUUCUAGUUCAAUUGAUGUGAUUAUUUUUGUUAAAUGUUGUCUUGUGCCCUUGACUACGAACUGAAUUGUAUUAAACACUACAAAGUCAUCUGAGUAUUUUAAUCAGUUUGUGUAGUUAGGUUUCCCAGCUACUGUGGUUACCUAAUGUUUAAUAUUGUAGAGCUGUCCAAGUUUUUGUCAAUUUUCAAGGCUAUAAAGAAAAGCAGAAGGACUCUUUUAAUUCUGUAUUUAUCAUUUACUUUCUGUAUAUAUAGUUUAAUAACCUGCUUGGGUGUAUUUGCCAAGCUAUAAUUCUUUAAUGCAUUUGCAUAAACUCUAUACUAUUUAGAGCUUGAAAACUACAGAAACAUUAUUAGAAAUCGCUUGGAUGCUGAAUUUUAAACCUUUUUGACAUUGUUAGCAUGUUCAUCCUCUCCUGCCAUUAUCCUCAAGUCCAAGAAAAAUGCUUAAUGUAUAUUACUGGAGGCUACGUAUGUGUUAACUAUUUUAAUGCCAAAUGUUUGCUGUUUGUCCACAAUUUCCACAGCACCUCUUCAGAAAUGGAUUAGCUAUUUGCCUUAAUGAAUACUGUAGGUAAAAACACAGUAUAAUGAAUGAAAAAUACAGGAGGAAUUGAUACCCUUUUAAAAUGGCACAUUAUGAAGACUUUGAUCUUUUCGUAUUUCUUUUUCUUGUUUACUGCUUGAUUUCUCAGUAUAUUUUUCAUGCAGGACAGUUUUUCAACCUAGUUGUACAGUGACCGUGUAAAGUUUUCUUUCAGUGGCAACUUGUAAUCCUAAAUAUAUGGUAAGCAUCUUGUCUGUUGUGAAAGGGGUGUGACAAUAAAUCUGCCGGAUUGAAAAUCUUGAUAAAAGCCAAAACUGGAAAUGCUUUUGUACUUUACUCAAUGUGGUGGUUUAUUUUAUUUUUCUCACAAUGAAAUAGUUAACAGUGCAAAAUAAAAUUCUGUGUUUAAGUAUUUAAACUGGUUAAGGUGCAGAAUAUUAAUGUCGGUCUGACUGCAAAUGAGGAAACAAACAACUUCCCAUUAUUUUUCAUAUUUAUAUAUAUACAUUCAAAAAUAACAGGGCGACACUGAUGUUAGCUCAUGCUUUAUAUACCUCUCUAAAGAAAAGAAUUUCAGCCACAAGCUUUGUCUUAAUGGACCAGGAGAGACUGAAGCAUAAAUCUGGGGGCACGGAGUCCCCCUCAAUUCAUCUAAACUUACUAUCAAGCUACAAAAGGGAACAUUAACAUCUAAAGUUCAAUCUGAGAAGUGUAACAUAGCAAUGGUUCUGAGAUUAAAUAAAGUUUAAAAGUA